ACAAACUGUAUGGUUAAACCAUGAAAAUUCAAUUCAUCUUUGGAAGUUGGGAUUUGAAGAAUGGGGGACCUCCUGUAGUUAUGAAAAGUUUUAAUUCACAAUGGUAAAUUGGAGUAAAAGGCUUAAUUCUUUACUGCUGAUUGUAUAUUUUGAAACUGUCACCAAAAAGAAGAGAAAAAUUAAAUGUGAAGGUGAGUUCUUCAGCAAACAAGGAGUAACUAAGGGACAUGAAGCCCUACAGCGUUGUUCUGACUUUGAGCCUCAUCGCUGCCAUCGUUGAAGUUCAGCAGAGCCAGCUGAUGAAAACCUUGAACUGUUCCAGUGACUAUGAAUCAUAUAUGGAGUGCACCUGGUCUGAGUCUCGGGAGGCAAAUGCCUUUGUCAAGAUGCACCUUUUUCACAAAGAAAUAUAUUCAAACCUCACAAAGAUGAUCUGCAAUAGCCAAAAACUAGACACCCAGAUACAUUGGAGCUGUAGGAGGAAUGAGAGCGAUUUCUAUUCUUUAAGGAAAGAUACGUUCAUUUUCAAACCUGAUCGGGAAUUGGGAAUCCAGCGGAAUGUUGACCUCUUCAAUAACAUCCAACCUCUACCACCUGAGAAAUUAAAUGUCACUGUCACAGAAGAACGUGAUUUCCUAUUGGAAUGGAAAGCAGGUGGAGGAACAAACAGAAAUCACAUAUUGGAAGGCCUCCCCCUGGAUUUUCAAAUAACCUACAAAAGAACCUGGGAACUCUGGGAGGAAUCUUCCUCUGUAUUAGUCUCAAAUAGCUCCCGCUACCUUCUCCAACACAAUAACCUUGUGCCUGGCAGCAGGUAUGUUGCCCGAGUUAGAAGCAAACCAAGUCAAGGCAGUGGAUUUGCUGGCCAUUAUAGUGACUGGAGUCCAGUGGUAACUUGGCAAACACAGGAAGAUGAUGCUCGGCCCAAGAAUCUUCAAUGUUAUUUUAAUGGAAUUGAUAGGCUCAAAUGCAGUUGGGAGGUGAGACAAGAGAUCAGCAGUUCUGUUUUGUUCACACUCUUUUACAAAGACAAUCCUGGAUCAGAAGAGAUGGAAUGCUCUGAAGUCUAUCAAGUACCUCUUAUAAGCAAUAAUGCCACUUAUCAUGUAUUGCAAAGCUGCGAGAUCAAUGUCACUAAUCCCAACAGACAAAGCCAAUAUCUUGUGCAUGUAGGGCUGAAAGAAGAAGUGAAAAUGAUACAUUUUCAUCAGAAAAUCAAGCCGUACCCACCUUACAACCUGUCCAUGCCUAUGUCUGAUGGUCUUAAGUACAUCCUGCAGUGGAAUUGCAAAAAGAUCCAUGAGAUAUAUGACUUGCCAAAGACAUAUCAGAUCUCAUACUGGGAAACUGGAAAACCUUCAGAGCCCAGAUUUGUUCCCAGUGGGAUCCAGAAAUUUGUUUUUACUUCAGAGUUCCUGGAACUAGGCAAAAGUUACACAGCAAAGGUGCGAGUAAAAGUAAACUUUGAUGGUUACGAUGGUUUUUGGAGUGAAUGGAGUGAAGAAUUUGGCUGGCCAACUACCAGCGCUUUUCCUCUCUGGACUAUCGUGCCAAUAACAGUGAUCUUUAUCAUUCUGAUGAUGGCAGGAAUCUGCUUUUGUCAAAAAUAUCUUCUCAGCAUGAAAAAGGAAUGGGAAGCAAAUAUUCCAAGUCCUCCCAAGAAGUUUCUUCUCCCCAAUUUUUUUCCGAAAGUGCAAUUGGCAAACCAUUCAGAAGACAGCAGUAUCCAGAGCUCUUUAGCAGAGGAAGGAAUCAGCCAUACCAGUAAACUGGAGAGGGAAUUACUGAUUGGUGGGUCAUCAGCUAUUGAAGAUGGGUCAAAGAAGAUACAUUUGGUUUGGUCUCAGAAUAUGAAAAAGACAGAUCCUCUCAACAAAGCCAAUACAGGCCAGAUUUGUACUAGUCCCAAAGCACACGUAUUUGAUUUUAAUGGCCCAUACAUAUAUUCCUCUUCAGAGUCCUUUGUACCUACUGUUCAGCAAGAUUUGAAAGUUACUCCUUCAGAAACAAAGGAACCACUAGAGUCUCUGCAGUAUAUGGGAUUGCCACCUUUGUCUCUUCAGCAACAGCCGGUAGGGAAAAAUGAAAAUACUUUGUCUAAUGUCCAUCAGCAGAUGGAAGAGAAGCUUCUGUUUCCUACAGGACAAGAAGCAUCUCAAAUCCAGGAGACAAGUGGACAGUUGGAGAAAGGGGAAACUGAAGGAUGGAGGCCAAUGUGUCUUUCCAGCUCAAAUAGCCACAGUCAAAAUUUGCCAUUAGACUACAUUGCCACAGUAGAUCUAUCAAUAAGCAAAGAAAAGGGAUGUUUAUUGCCAUUACCUGUGUUGACCUCAGAGGAAGGGAUGCUUCCUUGUGCUAAUACAGCAACAGUUGCUGCACAGUUGCCCAAAACUAUUGAAAAUCUCUCAAAUUCAGAGUUAUGCCAGAAGACGUCAAAACCGGUCCUCCCAGUUAUGGAUAAAGGUAUUGGUGACCUCUCAGCAAUAUCCCAGGAAGAAUCUAAUGACUAUGUUAUGAACUUUUCUGCUAUCUCAGGUUCUGUGUCAAAGGAUGGACUUGCUUUUGCCGUGGAGGAGCCUAAGCAGGAAAUUCUUAUAUUCAGUCUUGGCAGCAGCAGUCCAGUUUUCUUAUACCAAGAGGGUGAAUACUGCUUCUUUCCUGGCUCCAAGCCCACCAAGGAAGACAGUAAGGGUGAAGAAGCACCUGUGGGACACCAAUCUCCAGAAAACUUUCCAAAAGUCACCAAAUCCCCUUGGGAGACAAAAUCUCUCGACAGCAAGCUACAGGUCACCUCUCAGGUGUGCCAAGAUUUGUGAAAACGUGUGCCUCAG